GAGGCCAACGUGUCCCUCGCCGCGCCUCGUCCGUCCCCCCACCCCUCUGCGGGACACAAUCUCAAGAUGGCGGCGCCCAGGGGAAAUAGUGACGGCUGUGGUGGGGCCUGGUUUGCCGCGCUGCUCCUGGCGGCAGUGGCUCUGAGGCCGGCGGAGGCAGUGUCUGAGCCUACGACGGUGGCGUUUGACGUGCGGCCCGGUGGCGUCGUGCAUUCCUUCUCCCAGAACGUGGGACCCGGGGACAAAUUUACCUGUACAUUCACUUAUGCAUCUCAAGGAGGGACCAAUGAGCAAUGGCAGAUGAGUCUGGGCACCAGCGAGGACCACCAGCACUUCACCUGCAUCAUCUGGAGGCCCCAGGGGAAGUCCUACCUCUACUUCACCCAGUUCAAGGCCGAGGUGCACGGUGCUGAAAUCGAGUAUGCCAUGGCCUAUUCGAAAGCUGCGUUUGAAAGAGAAAGUGACGUUCCCCUGAAAAAUGAGGAAUUUGAAGUGACCAAAGCAGCAGUGGCCCACAGGCCUGGCGCCUUCAGGGCUGAGCUGUCCAAGCUGGUGAUCGUGGCCAAGGAAGCCCACAGCGAGCUGUGACCAAUGGCAACGCCGAGAACACUGGCAGGUGGGGCUGGUCUCUUGGGGACCCUUGGUGUCUACCUGCACCAGUGGCCCUACUCAGCCAGCGGCUGUGUGCAGAGAAGCCACCACCCACCAUGCUUGUGAACUGCGUCCCAGCCCUGUUCCUCAGCCCCAGCAUGGGGAGGUGGACCAAGGACACCCAGGGCUCCUGAAGCCAGCCCAGGUCUCCGGGGGACCUGCCAGGCACUGGGAGCCUCCAGGACUCGACCCCACCAUCACCCAGGGGACCUCGUUUGAGAUGAACUGGGAAGACAUCAAGUUUUCUUUCAUAUUUAAAUAAAUAACAAAAGAAAAUAGCCACCCAUCCAGGCCCUCCUGGGGCCUCUGUGAGGGCAAGACGUGAAGAAGGCAGCAGCCAGCACAUCCUCCCAGCCCCACAUCAUGCUAAAGAGAGGCGUCACUUUUGUUUCAUUCUCUGGUGCUCUUUUUUGUUUUUAUUUUUUAAUUGAAUCUCAAAUUUACAAAAGAGUCCAGGCAGACUAGAUGGCCCAGCAGGGGACAAGGACAGUUACAUACCUUGAUCUGGCCUGCACAUUUGAGGGCACAGAGGUUCACCUGGGGCCAGGGCUUUCGGGACAUCAGAAUGUGAGUUGGUUCUUCGUAUCCUUUGGCCUUCUCACUUAGGCUUCUUUCUAGGAAGACAUUCACACCAUUCUUGGCCCUUUUCCAAAGAACUGUGUACCACAUUAUACCCCAAACUGCUCUUCACUGUAGAGGCCUGAUGCAUGUGCACUGUGAAAAUUCUCAUUACAGGUAGGCAGACAUUCCAGUGGGAACAGCCAUACUCCGUUCCCUGUGUAUGUCUAGUUGAUACCCAAACAAUGAAAGAUCUAACUGCUUGCAGUUACAAACAGCAUUUUAUGUAGGGCAUAACAUUGGGUUACAAUAAUCCAUCUUAUACUUUUCUACUGUAAAUUUGUAAUUUAGUGUAAUGGUAGCUGGCUGUGCAUCUCAGUAGCUGUGCCUGAGGAUACAGGAGUCAAUCUUGGUGUUUACCUACUUGGGUAAGCAAGGUCUCUACACUGCAUGUGUGGAAAAGUGUAAACCAGGAUUUUUACCCACAAUACUCAUAACAGAUUUUGCAUAUGUUUGCCUGAGCAUCAUGGGUAAAAUACACCCACUAAACAUGUAUUUUACCAUAAUGGAAUGGUGUGACAUAAUAAUUGCACCUGGGGAAAGCAAAAGCCAAUUUGUCCAUUCACCCACUUGGCAGACAAAUGGCAAGGUGUGUAUAGGAGCUCCAAAGCAGCAACAGUUUUAAUGUGCAUUUAGGAUUUGUCUUUUUUUUUGGUACCGGGGAUCAAACUCGGGACCUUGCGCUUGCAAGGCAGGCACCGGAACCACUGAGCUAAAUCCCCGGCCCAAGGAUUUGUCUUUUUUAAAAACUUGAUUUUUCUGGUAGGAGUAGCCCAAUUCACUUCAAUGGUACAUGAAAAACCAAAUUUGCAAGUUUUUCAGGAGGUCAAAAGUGAAUCAUCAGAUUACUCAUGCAUAAAUGAUGAUAAUGACUUUGAUGUUGGCCUUGUGACCCAUAGUUCCUGUGACAGGGAAAUGGAGCAAGAAUUGAUUGAUACACAGGAAAUAUAGACCUUCUUGAUUCAGAUGAUGAAGAAAACAGCAAUUUGAGUACUUUUGUUUUCUUUAGUACAUAUUUGAAUAGUCAAAAUGGUCACACAACCAAGUGGAACAAUGCAAUGUUAGAACUAGGCCUGAAAAUACAGUGAGGAUCUUGGCAGGGAUAAAACCUAUUGGAUGGAAUGCCAGCACUGCCAUUCAAUGAAACACUGCAAGAUGUGAAAUGCACAGAUACUGAAAUACAAGUAAAACAUUCCGUAUGCACCAAUAGCAAUACUGAAAAAUGUGUUUAUUCUGACACCUCACUAGCUGAACUGAAAGCAAUUAUAGGGCUUUCUCAUGAUAAUUGCAGGAAUGUAAAAGACAGCAGCCAUGGGUGUGGGCUUGAGGUUUGUAGAAUAAUUGACAGAAAAGAUUUGGUUUCCUUCAAAAUGGCCUGAGGUUUAAUGACAAAACUACCCAACGAGAUGGCUGCUUUGCUCAUGGAGAGAUUUGUGGGUAAUUGUCAAUGUACACACAUGAUUACAUCUGAAUACAUGACUACUGAUGAACAUCUUGCAGCAUUUCAUGGUUCCCGUAGCUUCAGGCAGUAUACGCCAAAAGAACCCUUCAAAAUGUGGCCUAAAACUUUAUGCCCUUGUAGAUGCAAAGAUUCAUUAUGCUUUCAAUUUAGAAAUUUAUCCUGGAGGGCUGGGGAUUUAGCUCAGUGGUUCCCCCGCCUGCAUCGAAAGCAGAAGGUCCUGAGUUCGAUCCCUGGUACCCAAAAAAAAAAUUCUCUUGGAGGAUUGGUACUGGAACUCAUAAGAGAUCACUUAUAGCAGAGGAAAAACAAUGUUUUUUUCCAUGGGAUUAUGCAAAAACAAUUGUGGACCACACUGGUGAGCUGACGUGAACAGGCAGGCGUAACAUCACAAAGACCUACUGUAACAACAGGAAAACCAAAAAGAUGUCAACUGUGCCCUACAAGAAAGGACAGGAAAACAGAACAUCCAUGCUAUCAGUGUAAGCAAUACCUGUGCAUGGAACAUGCAGUUUUCAUGGGUGAAGACUGCCUUGGGUAUGGCAGUUGAAGCAGAUGUUUUCUAUAGAGUUGAUACUUUCAUUGUAGUUCAUACAGGUAUUUCUGAUGUUAUCUUUUAGGGUUUGUAAGUACACAGCUGAUGUGAAAAUGUUGAUGUUUAUUCAGAAUGCACAACACAUAUUAAGAAUUUAGGGGCUCCACUCUUUGUUAAGAGGCAGCCUGGCAGAUUGUUCCUUCUUAAUAAAGGCUUGUGGUAAAAAAAAAAAAAAAAAAAAAAGAAUUUAGGUCCGGGGAUUUAGCUCAGUGCAAGCACAAGGUCCUGAGUUUGAUCCCAAGUACCCCCAAAAUUAAUACUUUAUUUUAUUGAUAUUUUAUGUUCCUGUUAACUACACGUUGUAUAAUAUAAGAACCUCCUGACAAAACAGCAAGACCAGUGAGAUGUCAAGUAUGCCCUACAAAAAGCAAAACACAUGUGCUGUCGGUGUGAUACGUGUGUGAAGUAUGCUGUUAUGUGUUAAGACUGGCUGGGGUGUGAUAAUUGAAGUAAAAUGUUUUUUUUUGGUGGA